UCCUAUAAAAAUGGACAAAUCUUUUGAAGUUCAAGGCAAUCUGAAUGGAAAAUAUCGCAAAGCUGUUCGCAGCAAAAUUCUAAAACGAAUAUACGAUAAGAAUAUUUUAGAUCCUUUCGAAGAUCCAGAAAACAAUAGUAACGAGCCUAAUCAAAAUGAUGCAUCCUCAUCAUCACAACUUUUAAUUCCAGAUGAUUCAUCAAUCGACCAAAAAAUUAGACGUCGUUUGUCAAAUGAUUGGAGAAAAACAUUGGAACGUGUUCUCAACUGCAGCGAUGGUUAUCUGGAUAACAAGCUCGAAAUAUCGCGUAAAGAUGCCAUUCAAUUUUUUAUCAACAAUGUUUGGCAAGAUGAUUGUGAAGAAAGCGAUGGUGGUGACGAUGAAUACCCAAAUGAAACAUCGAAAAAUAGACGAAAAGGUAAAAAUAACAAGAAACGCAGUAAACAAAGAUCGACCCAAUCUUCAGUCCAUCGUGCCGUUCAAUUUUAUGAAGACUCGGAUCAAGUACCGGUGGUUCGUCGAGCUCGAAUACCUUGGUCACAUCAUAAUCAACAACACAAAAAAAUUGAUAUCAAUCAUAUUCUCACCGUCGAAUUUGAUGCAGCAAUUACUGAUGAUGAUGAAAUUGAUACCCUCCAGCAUUUUAUCGGCCGUCGAGCAGUAUCCAGAUUAAUCAAAGAGCAGAUUGAAUUUAAUCAAUUUUUUCGUAUUCAUAUUAUGGAUAGUUUUCAGGAAAGAUUCGUCUUUUAUGAGCCAGGUGCAUCAGCCUUUCAAGAUCUAAUGUUGAGCCGACACAAUGAUCUGGUACAGAAAUCGAAAUUGUUUCCCCUAUUGGCAAGAAGUUUGAUUUUCAUUUUAAAUGUUCCAGAUAAAAGUGAUCCUGAGCUAUGUUUAAACAAUAAAUCAUUCAUUUUGAGUAUUGGCUCAAUAAAAUUAGAUCUGUGGAAACAUCCGACAAUGAGUAAUGUUGAUAAAAAUGUGAAAAAACUACUGCUAGCUUUCAAAAAAUACGAGAACUCCAUUUCGUCCCACUCUAAUCGAAUGCUGGAUACAAUGGAGCAACAGAUCGAUUCUAUUGCAAACAAAUUAGAAAACUCUAUGCCAAAUGAUAAUAAAGAAUUGAUAGAUGACGAAAUCCGAAUGGAUCUGGAUCUUCUUCAGCGUUUACUCGAAAAGCAUGAUAAAUUGAUUGCUGAUCGUCGACAAUCAUUAAUCAAUUUGAUUCAACAGUGGAGUUUAUUCCAGAAUAAUUUGGAUCAAUAUCCUGAUUCAGAUGAAUUGCAUGAAAUCGAUCUCCGUUUGGAUGAAGUCGAAACAAUCGAUACGGAAAAGGAAAGCAAACAACUGAAAGAAUUAGUUGCAAAACGAGAAAAAAUUCAUCGCUUGAUUGUGGAUGUAACCAAAGUCAACGAUAGUCAGCUAAAUAAGGAAAAAAUUUUUCUAUGUGAUGGUCGACUCCCGGGUGAGCCAAAAUUUCGGCCAAUCGAGUUGAUUUUGCCGCAGAAGUUUUCCUCAUCUACAUCUUCAUCUUCAUCAUAUUGUAUUGAAAUCAUGUUGGGCAACAAGAUUGUUGCUGCUUUCGAGAAUCAUCAUUUAAAUUAUCGAACGUUUCAAACAUUUUGGGAUCUUAAUUAUCGUUCGUUUCCUGUUCCUAUUUGUCUGGAUCCGGUAUAUCCAACAUCAUUAAUUAUAACAGAAGGCGAAGAAGCUUUUAUCGCAAACAAAUUACCCAAAAUCCGCAUCAAAGAAAAAAAUAAUGUUGCCAAGACCAUUAAAUCAAUUGCUGAGAUAAACAUAAAAAGCUUGCCUUCUUCAAGAAUAAAUUCAAGACAACGAUCUAUACAAAUUGAAGAAACAUUUCAAUGUUUAUAUGAUGAAAUUCCUAGUAAAAAAAAGUCUAAAAACUCUGUAGAAGGCAGCUUGGAAUUUCGAAUGUUCUGGUCUUCACUACCUGAAUCAAAUAUUGAUCUCGACCUAUUUGUUAUGUAUGAUGUGGAAAAGCGUCAAAUCAAACAAAUGGCUGAGUUGAAACAAAUUGAACAAUGGCUUCAUGACAUUCGAUAUCAAGUGGAUUUUUCGGACUCAACAAAAACCGAAGACCAUGAUGAUCAACUCAAUUAUCAUAGGCAAAUUGAAUUGAUGCAAUUAUUGUUGCGACAAAAAUAUAAUCUUGAGAUAGCCGCAUUGUAUGAGGAGAAAAAGCUACACUUGAAUAAACUGACUUAUCCUGAUGUUUACGAUAAUCAUCAUCAAUCCAGUGAGGAUGGAAGUUUUUGUACGACGGAAAAAAUCGAACAAAACAAACGAUUCCAGAUGAUGAUCCAACGUCAACAAGGACAAGUUGAUUAUCGUUUUUUACCUUUGACAAACACAGACGUUUUAUUUAUCAAUGACCAGACGAACAAUAAACUGGAAAAAUCAUCCACGAAUAAACUUCUCGACUUUAUUCGUCUAUCUUCGAAACAACAAUUCGAUCGAAUCUUGGGAGAGGAUCAAAACGAUGAUUCUGUCGUCAUUUUUCAAAAAUUGUAUUCAGCUAUUGACGAUCAAUCUCAAUUGAAUUCGUGGUACAAAGCUGUAACAGGUGUUUUAACACAAAUCUGGGAACAUUCAAUCAAAUUGGAUAAUAAACAAACCGAACCAGAAAUCAUCUCUCUAAAUGAAAUCAUCAAAGAGCAAACAUUUGAUAACGUGAGUGGAAUAAAUUUUUCCUGGCUUGAUUGGUUAUUCAAGUCACCUUCUGUUCAUAACCGUAAAUUGAAUCCUUCACGACGAAAUCGUCAUAAAGAGGCAUUGAAUAUUUCAGAAGCCAUUGAAGGGGAAAUACAAAUACAUUUACUGCUCCAACAUGCAGCGAACGUACCUUUAAAGAUUAAUAGGCGAGAAAAAAGUUCAGAUCUGCUAUCUCAAUCUUGUAGUUUUGUUGAGAUCAAAAUUGAUCAUAAUCAGCAAACAAUGUCGACAUCAUUUUCCGAUGGAUCCAAGCCGAGUUGGAAUGAAAGUUUCAAAUUCAAGACUAAAUUGAUUCCUACGAACCAUAUUAAUCUAAAUUUGUUUUCCGUGAAAAAACAUAUUGAUGAUUCAGAUCCAAUUAAGUUUGAUAUGUCCAAUGAUGAAAAUUCAAAAUUGGAACGAUGUUGGUUGGGACAAUUGCAGUUACCACUCUAUGUUCUCAUGUUCGUGCCGAAAUUAGAGGGGUCAUUCCGGCUUUUAUCGCCCUAUUUUCUUCCAAUAUAUACACGUAGUCGCAAAUUUGAUAAUUUAUUGAACCUAAACCCGUCGCACCGACGUCCUCUCACAGAUGAUGAUGAUGAUAAUGAUGACGAUGAUAAUGAUGAAAAUUCGGAAAAAUUAUCUUCAAUAGGUUCAUUGUCUGAUAUUUCCUUUUCAUUAUUCAUCACAAUGGAUCCUCAUAUUGAUUGGAAUUCACCUUUGAAUAUUAAUUAUCAAUCAAUCGAAUCAACGGAAUUACUUGAUUAUUGUAAAAAAUGGUUACAAUCGUUGUAUCAACGAUUUCCACGGCGAAGAUUCAUCUGUGUGGUCGAUAAUCUUGAACAUCGUUCAGUAUUAGCAACACGUUUCCUGGCACCUUUAAAACCACCAACAUUCGAUGAAUUAUCUCCUAUUCAAUUUGAGUUGAAGAAUGAAAAAAAGAAAGCUAAACUAAGCAAAUUAGCAUACAAGGAUCACUUAUAUAUCUUAUUGAUCAUCCGUUAUGUAUCAUUGAUUUCAUCAUUAUUGGAAUCAAACCAACAUAUCAUGAAUUUAUCAGCAAACCGGCGAUUUUUUGACCGAUGGUCCAAGUCAAACAUCUGGAUGGAUGCUUAUCAGUUUCUGACAAUACGAAUCGGAUGUCAAGCAGAGCAUGCCAUCUUGCUUGCAUGUUUUCUUCAAUACAUGAACAAAAAAGCUUACAUAGCUAUUGGAACAGGAUUAUUAGACGGACCUACUGCUUAUGUGAUCAUUUAUCCUGAAUCCAUUGAUACCGAAACAAAUAUCAAUUCUACUAUUGAAGGUUAUGAUGCAAAGAAAAAAGAUGUGAAAAAUAAAUGGAUUCUAAUUGAUGCAAAACGUGGACGGCAAUUUUUCGUGCAAGAUUAUCAUUGUACAAUGAUUUCGAUUGAUUCGAUCAUAACGCCUGACAAUAUUUAUGCAAACGUACAGAAGAGCACACAUCCUAAUUCAAUUAGCUACGAUCUUCAUCGAACUAAUCGCUGGCAACCAUUAUUUAACCCUCGAAAUCAAUCGGCGUCAGUUCAAAAUUUAGACAUCUCCAUACAACCACAAACAAUCAAUUAUGGUUCAAUCCGUAGUGAUUGGGCAAAAUUGUUUGAAAUAAAAGUAGAAACGUACCUUCGUGAGCAAUUUAUGUCCUGGCGAAGACAUCAAACCGGAUCGUAUACACAGUUUAAUCGUUUUUGUAUGCAGAUAAUUAAACAAUUAUUGCCUGAACUAGAACGGCAUACGGUGCUCAUUGAUGGAAAUCGGUCUUAUUCAAGCAAACUAGCCGAACUAGAAGAUCUAAUACAACGAAAUCUAAAACAAAUCUUGGACGUGUAUGAGAUGAUAAGCUAUCCAUUGAAUAUUGUUGGUCAUUCAGCAGCAGACUUGGAUCAAUUAUCUCGAUUGAUUUAUGCCACCAACCUACACUUGACACAUUUUGGUCAUCCGAAUCAAGUGGAAUAUGUCAUAUCCUGUUACGUUCAUCCUUAUCCUUCUGAUCUUUUUUCCUUGUGGAUUUUUUUGGCCGCACUAACAACUAAAUCGAUUGCCUCUACUUGAGAAAU